AUGUGUGUGUGUCUGUUUUCACAGAUCGUUCAUGAGAGGCUUGCGGCUCGCAAUGUCCUACUGACCUUUUUCUUGGAUGCCAAAGUCUCCGGCUUUGGCCCGCAGUAUGCCAGCGAUGGGCAAAUCAGGAUUCCGGUCAAGUGGGCAGCACCAGAAGUACUAGAAGACAAGCCAGCAACAGAAAAAAGUGAUGUGUGGUCCUUUGGAAUCACACUCUGGGAAAUUUUCAGCCUCGGCCAACAACCUUAUCCUGACAUUCGGAGCACUGAGAUGGGAACACGGCUCAAGUCUGGAUAUCGCAUGAGCAAGCCUGAAUUUGCUGAUGACAUGUUUUACAAACUUAUGACCAAAUGCUGGGAGGAGUCUCCUGGUAAACGCCAAACUUUUAAGUUCAUCAGUGACCAGUUGUCGGGCAUGUUCAAACCAAGAGAGAGGAGAAGUGAGGACAUCUAUUAUGCGACCAAUCCAUCACAUUAA